AUGGCUAACACUACUGGAGUUGUUAAUGCUGAUAACAAUAGUAGUGUGAUAGUCGUCCAAUUUAAUCCUGCAUCACAAUUGUCAAUAAAAUUACAAGGCAGCAAAAACUUUGCAGCGUGGAAGUGUCAAUCUUAUAUUUGCUCUUUGGUUUCGUCAAGAUCAACUCAUCAAAACGCACUUAUGACAUCUGUUGAUCCAACAAUUGCCACUGAUGCUGCAGCUGCUGAUUUAACAAAAAAUCUGACGAACUCUCUACUGCUAGUGCCCAUUACAAACUCUAAGGUCAUUGUUAAGAUCCUGAGUGGUCUGGGACUAGAGUUUCGUGAGAUUUCUACUGCAAUUCAUGCUUGUGACUCCACUAUUACGUAUGAAGAACUCUAUGAGAAGCUUCUUUAUUAUGAGCUUUUCCUUAGACAUAAAGAGUCAAAGAAAGCUCUUAGCCACAUUAUUGUUGUUGUUGCUACAUUCAACAAAUCUGGAAACUCGAACAAUUGCAACAAUCGUUGCUCCAACAAUAAUAAUGGCAGCAACCAACGAGAUACAACAAUCUACUUAAUUCAAAAAAUCAGUGGCGAUCUUCGAACACCAAUAACUCUUUUGAUGGAAUUCGCUGCCAGUUGUGCAACCAACCAGGUCAUGUUGUAA